CGGGCGGCCCGCGGCUACAAGAGGGGCGGGAGCGGCGGGGGCUGAGCCCGCGGAUGGACCGCGGCCCCUCCGGUACCGGCACUGGCUCCGCGCCCCGCCCGGUCCCGCCGAGCCGCCACCUGCCCGCACUGCACGACAGGGGCAGCCAUGGGCAAGCACAGCAGCAAGCUGGCCCCAGAGGUGCUGGAUGACCUGGUGAGGAGCACGGAGUUCAGCGAGCAGGAGCUGAAGCAGUGGUACAAGGGCUUCCUCAAGGACUGUCCCACCGGCAUCCUCAACCUGGAGGAGUUCCAGCAGCUCUACAUCAAGUUUUUCCCCUACGGAGACGCCUCUAAGUUCGCCCAGCACGCUUUCCGCACCUUCGACAAGAACGGGGAUGGGACCAUCGACUUCAGGGAGUUCAUCUGUGCCCUGUCUGUCACCUCCAGGGGCACCUUUGAGCAGAAACUCAACUGGGCCUUUGAGAUGUAUGACCUGGAUGGGGACGGGAAGAUCACACGCUUAGAGAUGCUGGAGAUCAUUGAGGCCAUUUACAGGAUGGUGGGGACUGUGAUCAUGAUGAGGAUGAACCAAGAUGGGCUGACACCCCAGCAGCGUGUGGACAAGAUCUUCACAAAGAUGGACAAGGACAAGGAUGACCAGAUCUCCCUGGAGGAGUUCAAGGAGGCCGCCAAGAGUGACCCUUCCAUCGUCCUCCUCCUGCAGUGUGACAUGCAGAAAUAGAGCCCUGGGGCUCAGUACUGGACUGGCUGCAGCCAAACUCUGCUCCCUGUGGUGGUUUCAGUGCCCAUGUUUUGCUGAGCCCCUCUGUGCCCGCUUGGCCCCAGGCAUGAGCCACGCCCCAUCCCUCCUGCUGCCCAUCCACCUCUGCUCCAGCUGUGUCCUGGACAGCCCACAUUCCACACCCUCAAAGGGCAGAGCCUGCUCUGGGUGUUGUCAGCUUGAGGUUAUCCCAAAUCAACCUUAUCCCAUCCUGGAGCUGGACUCCCUGCAGCCAGGGACAAAGUUUCCUGGCUCCCCAGGGCUAACUGUUCCCACAUCCCUGUUGCUUUCUCCCUGCUUUCUCCUACUGCCACCCUUGGAUGCUGCCCAUGUGUGAUCUCAGCAACCACCUUCCACCCCAUCACCUGUGUGAGCUGGCAGAGCAAGUGAGUGACCUCCACAGCUGCCCAGGCAGCACCUCAGCUGGUUUUUUUGGCAUUUUUUACCUUCCUGGAUAUUUAGGUGGUGUCUGGGGUCCCAAACUGAAGGCAGGAGCUGCCUGACUCCUCCAUGGGCUGCCCUGGGGCAAGGUCAGGAAUUGAGGCUGUCCAAGUGCUGCUCCUGGUGUGUGGUGCUGCUGUAGGGACUGGUGGCUCCUGGAUUGGGGCUGUGGAGAGGUGUGGAUGGCUCCUGCACCUGCUGAGCCUCCUGGCAAGGCUCUGAGACCACAAGAAACAUGCCUGUCCCUCCUUCCUCUCCCAUCCCAGCCCGCUGCAUCCAUCCCCCUGUCCCAGGCCAGGAAUACUGUCACGGGUUGGUGUUUAGUCUGCACGUUGUGGUGUUGAUGACUGUAAUAUCUGUUAGGAGAUGGUGACGUUGUUAUCUAUUUUUUUAAUGGAAAAAUAAACUGCCCCCUGUGUA